CGACUCGUUCUCUUUCUCCCCCGAGCCUUGUCGAAGCGGCGAAGUCUUCGCAGCUCUCGCCCUUCUCUCCUUCCUUCGUUCCUUGUGGAGAGACUAGGGUUAGCGUCAGGGUCUCCGAGAUGGCGACGAUGGAGAGCUUGAUCGGGCUCGUGAACCGGAUCCAGAGGGCGUGCACGGUGCUCGGCGACUACGGUGAUGCCGACGGCGCCGCCGCCCUGCCAACCCUAUGGGAGGCGCUCCCCUCCGUCGCCGUCAUCGGAGGACAGAGCUCGGGGAAAUCUUCGGUCUUGGAGAGCAUCGUUGGGCGGGAUUUCCUUCCCCGUGGAUCUGGAAUUGUGACAAGGAGGCCGUUGGUACUGCAGUUGCACAAAACGGAGGAAAGGAAGCAGGAGUACGCCGAAUUCCUGCACUUGCCGAGGAGGAAAUUCACUGACUAUGCUCUUGUGCGCAAAGAAAUCCAAGAUGAAACUGAUAGAAUGACUGGAAAAAGGAAACAAAUUUCCCCUGUCCCCAUUCAUCUUAGCAUUUACUCACCAAAUGUUGUGAACUUAACGUUGAUUGAUCUACCUGGUCUGACGAAGGUUGCUGUAGAGGGGCAGCCUGAUACUAUUGUUGAAGAUAUUGAAAAUAUGGUCCGAUCAUAUGUAGAGAAGCCUAACUGCAUUAUACUGGCAAUAUCUCCAGCCAAUCAAGAUAUUGCUACUUCUGAUGCAAUAAAGCUUGCUAGAGAAGUUGAUCCUACAGGUGAAAGGACAUUUGGGGUGUUGACAAAGCUAGAUCUAAUGGAUAAGGGAACAAAUGCUCUAGAUGUUCUUGAAGGAAGAUCUUAUCGGUUGCAACAUCCCUGGGUUGGAAUCGUAAACCGUUCACAAGCAGAUAUAAAUAAGAAUGUUGACAUGAUUGCUGCCAGACGAAAUGAGAGGGAGUACUUUGCAACUAGUCCUGACUAUGCACACUUAGCCAGUAAAAUGGGGUCCGAAUAUCUAGCUAAGCUUCUUUCAAGGCAUCUGGAGUCCGUCAUUAGGGCACAGAUUCCAAGUAUCACAUCUUUGAUCAAUAAAACGAUUGAUGAACUAGAAUCGGAGAUGGACCAUAUCGGGAGGCCAGUUGCUGUUGAUGCAGGGGCGCAGCUGUACACUAUUUUGGAACUCUGUCGUGCGUUUGACCGGAUAUUCAAAGAACAUCUAGAUGGAGGACGACCUGGUGGUGAUCGAAUAUACGGAAUUUUUGACAAUCAACUCCCUGCUGCUAUGAGGAAACUUCCUUUUGACCGUUAUCUUUCUUUGCAAAAUGUGAAGAAGGUGGUCUCUCAAGCAGAUGGUUAUCAGCCUCACUUGAUUGCUCCUGAGCAAGGUUACCGUCGUCUUAUUGAGGGUGCUCUCAGUUAUUUUAGAGGUCCAGGUGAAGCAACAGUAGAUGCGGUGCACUAUGUUUUGAAGGAAUUGGUGAGGAAGUCUAUAGGAGAGACACAGGAAUUGAGAAGAUUUCCUACUCUCCAAGCCGAAUUAGCUGUUGCAGCAUAUGAAGCCUUGGAGAGAUUCCGUGAAGAUAGUCGGAGGACUACACUACGGCUGGUUGAUAUGGAGUCAUCAUACUUGACAGUGGAAUUCUUUCGAAGGCUUCCACAGGAGGUAGAGAAAGGAGGGAAUCCAGCUGCCUCCACUACUGACCGAUAUGGUGAGGGGCAUUUCAGGAGGAUAGGAUCGAAUGUAUCCUCUUACAUAGGGAUGGUGUCAGACACACUUAAAAACUCUAUCCCAAAGUCAGCAGUCCACUGCCAAGUUCGAGAAGCUAAGCGAUCUUUGCUUGACCAUUUCUAUACACAAGUGGGGAAAAAAGAGGGAAAGGAUCUUGCUAAGCUUUUGGAUGAGGAUCCGGCUUUGAUGGAGCGUAGACAACAAUGUGCUAAGAGACUUGAAUUGUAUAGGGCUGCAAGGGAUGAAAUCGACUCAGUUUCAUGGACUAGAUAGAUUAUGUUAAUAUUCAUGUCUCUAUCGAGUGCUUAUUUAUUAUUUUUAAGCAUAUUCCAUUCGUCACCUUUCUUUAUUUUUGUUGUGCGGAUUCAUUCGCACGAUAGUCGAUCACAAUUUUGGACUGCAUAUUCAUGUCUCUUUGAUUGAAAUUUGUAUAAUUUGAUAUUAUCACUAUAGAUAGCGAGUUUUUGGGUAUUAUUUGUACAUGUU